GGACCGAAGUCCUCAUCAUUCUCUAUCGAACGGUAUCAAUGAGCAGUUAGUUGUAACAGGACGGACCUGUUCUUUUUUCGGGCUGGUGAUAUUUCUAGGACAAAAGAAAACUUGUUCACCCCCGCAGGUGGGUCCAUAAUGUAAAUUUGAGGCAAGUAGAGUGCGUGAUAUUUAGUUGGUCUCAAAUUGUUCUUUUUCGGAGUGAAUCUUCAAUUGGUAGUAAAAUAUAAAACCAGGAUAACGAACGGUGAAAAAUCUCACUAGUGAACGAGUGGCUGGAAGAAAGUUAUCGAUUCAGUGGAUCAGUCCUGAGAACACAGUGCACAGUGGAGGGUGAAAUCUAACAUUGUGUGAGCCGCGGAAGAAGAUUCUCCUGCCAGCUGGAAUAGUCACCGACGGGGCAGUUGCUCGUGUGUCGUAUUAGUCGGGAACUCUUGCUGUUGAAAGAAGACGCAAAAUGGGCGACCACGGCCCGGAUAUGAACAUACUGGAAACUGAUUAUGUCGUGUUAAUUUCAGUGGUCCCAGCGGUGCUCGGCUUAACAGCGGCAGCCAUCCUUGCAGUGACGGCAUGUUUCUGUGCUCGACGUUUCCGUCGGCAGAAAAAGAAGGCCGGACAUGAGGUAUCCUCGUUGCCGUUUCAACCUCCGCGACCCCCGCGGGCUGUGCGAUCUCCGAGCGGUCAGCCACCGCAGUAUCUGAAAAAGUCUCCCUCACCUACGGGCAUUAAACCGCCACCGGGAGGGCACCUGCCGGCUCAAUCUCCCACGGAACAGAGCUGCAUACCGACCAACCCGACAGCAACUAUUACAACGACCACUACCAAGUAUAGCGAGGAGAAUGAAUUAACCCCUAAAAAGAGCCACCUGGAGCCCAAAUCACCGGAUGGCGAUACCUUGGACGGAAACGAUAACGAAACCGAGUACGGCAAGCUGGGCUCAAUCGUUUUCAAGUUACGUUAUUUGGCCGAUCGUAAUGCUCUCGUCGUUUCUGUGGUUCGCUGCCGAGGAUUACCGGGCAAAAACCAUAACUCGUCCAAUGGAUCUGAUCCGUCCGCUGGGCCGCUGUGCAACGGCAACGGAAACAUUAAACAGACGGCUACCGACCCGUAUGUGAAACUGCAGCUGCUACCCGAUAAGCAACACAAAGUUAAAACCAGAGUCGUCCGCAACACUCGCAACCCAGUAUAUGACGAAGACUUCACUUUCUACGGUUUGACACUGAACGAACUAGCCGGCAUGUCGCUGCACUUUGUUGUGCUUAGUUUCGAUCGGUACAGUCGUGAUGACGUCAUUGGCGAAGUGGUUUGCCCUCUAAGUGGAAUCGACCUACAGCAGAUUGAAAACCAACAGGUAGCCCUCAGCCGGGAAAUUCAGCCACGCAGCUUGAAGAUCCGAGCCCAAGGCCGUGGCGAACUGUUGAUUUCACUCUGUUGGCAACCGGCUGCCGCGAGAUUGACUGUCGUCUUGCUGAAGGCUCGCAACCUCCCGCGGAUGGAUGUGACGGGACUAGCGGAUCCGUACGUCAAGAUCUACCUUCUGUACAAUGGACAGCGAAUCGCGAAGAAGAAAACACACGUCAAGAAGCGAACACUCAGUCCGGUGUUCAACGAGAGCUUCGCGUUCGACAUCCCAUCUAUGGAGGGUUCUGGGGCUACCCUGGAGGGCGUUUCGCUCGAACUGAUGCUGCUCGAUUGGGACCGAGUAACGAAGAACGAGGUCAUCGGCCGGUUGGAACUCGGUGGUCCACGCAGCACCGGAUCGGCGCUGAACCACUGGAAGGAGGUGUGCAACUCGCCACGCCGGCAGAUUGCCGACUGGCAUAAACUACGAGAGUAAGCAGGAGGCAAUCUUGGUUUAUAGUUUUGAAACAGCUGAAAAGGUCUGUUGUUAAGUUAUGAUUUCCAGAAGGUUUUGUUCAGUGAAACAAUAAACAGAUUAAAGUGUUUGAUAUAUUUUGACAUUUAUCAAGCAUUAAAUUAAAAGGAUUUUUAUAAUUUUGAAGGAUGAUAAACAGUAAGAGUUCUGUUCAUAAAGAGUCUCAUUUUUUUCCAAAUUUACCAUGAAGUGAUAAAAUGUAAUGAUUUAAACAAAUUAAAAAUGAUCAACUAAUGACUGGUAUCACCUAACGAAAUAAGCUUCUGUAGUUUGGAGACUUAGACCAAAAUUAUGAAGCAAGCUUGAGAAAGUUUUAACGCAUAAACGUGUAUUUUCAAGUCCAAACUGUAGUGAACGAUAGUGCAGUAUAAAUUCAAAAAGAACCCAGUAAGAGAAAAAAAAAAAUGAAAAAUAAAAUACCAUAAAACCAAAUGUACAACUGCUUGAACAUGUGCUAAAAGUUAGCGGAAAGUGAAAUGUUUGGAGGCGACGUAUACAUAAAAGUUACCGCAGACUUCAGGAACAGAUGAAAAAUUUCUAAGCUUUGUGGUCAACACUUCUUGCUUUCUCAGAUUUAAACAAUACUAGGGUAGCGAAGAGUUAGCCUAUGUUAGUGUCAGUGAUGCUAAUGCUAACAUGGACGAUUCAUACUUCAGCUUAUAUGACCAGAAUCCAUAGAUUAAUGCAAAUAGUUGCACAGAGUUGAACGAAAUAUAUUUUCAAAAUGCACACAUCCGUACAUAAUGUAAACGCGCAAUCAACCGCUAUCUGAAAGGUGAAGUAUUUUUACCUGUUAUCACGAUCACACGUGACAAACUGUGACAGUGCAAACAAAACCUACACAAACGUGGAGUGGAACCGUAGUAACUGAAAAUUAAACGAAAAUGAUCCGUAGAGGUCAGCAGCAAAUCAGAAGUGUAUUGAGAAAAACAAAUUAAAUUUUCUGAUACUCAUUACAUAGAUGUAUAAUAACAAUUAGUAUAGUAAGUUUAAUGUGGUAAUCGUUGGGAUGUUAAAAAAACAGACAAACAAAAAUCGCAAAAUAAUUUAAUGGCAAAAGAAAACUAUGAUUAGGACUGACUGACUAACGUUAUGACUUCGAGCGCUUGGUUGUUAAGGCAGGAAUUAAAAUAGAACGUGACGGGCAGGUAGAAGUAUAGAAUAGGAUCAGUUGUUUUCAACUGACUAUUCUCUGAGGACUAAAGUAAUCUUCGGUUUUGCGACCCAUACUUUUGUAAAUAGUAUUACUUUUGUAAUAGAGCCUGUUAUUCUCGCCUAGUAUUUUCCGUCGGAAUAGCUCUGCCAUACCUGUAAAAGAUAAUGUUUCAUGCCAUAAAAAAAAAUCUCAGAAUUAUUUAAUCACAAAGAAGAUAUAUUCUGUUAUCAAAGAUCAGGUUAAACGAUAAAUAAGAGUUUACAAAUUGUCAUGGAAUACUCGAUUUUAACUGAAAUUGAAAAUACCAUAUAAUUCGUUACCAGAUCAACUAGGUAUAAUAAAAAUCUUCCAAUUUCAACCGAUACGACUGGCUAACCUUAACACAUUAUAAUAAUGCAAGGAAGGACACUAGCCGUUACGAUCCCAGUAGGGCUUCAACUGAACUGAAACCAUUUGAUAUCUAUCGAUUAAAGAUUGUCUACAGAAAGUCAUCACUGUUUUAUCUGUUUGUCUGUGUUUUAACAGUGUAUUAUGAAACUAAUUCGUUGUUGCUAUUACAUACAAUACAUCCAGCGUUGCCAGGUAUCCAGAUUUAGCUGGAUUAUCCAGAUUUUUGAACAUGUAUCCAGGUAGACAGCUUUGAUGUCCAAAUAUUCAGAUUUUUCAUGGAUGAUCCAGAUUUUAUCCAGAUUUUAUUUUCUCUGUUCCGCAAAAAGGUCAUCACUUCGAUUUUGGCGCGAAAUUUUGCAAUUUUGUCACCACAAAUUUUGCGUACCCCAAGACUUUUAUUCGAAAAAUUAACCUUUCACCCCACGAAAUGACUGCCAGAUUUUUUCCAGAUUUUUAUUUUGCCUUUUCCAGAUUUUUUAAAAAAUGACCUGGCAACGCUGACUACAUCAUCCUUUCUUUUUUUUCGAUUCUCCGUACGAUUUCCUACCGGUUGCUUUAGCGAAAUUGUUGCUAAUCAGGAAGUCUUAGAUCAGGAAUAAUGCGAUUUAUUCCAUCAACUAAUUAGUGAUGCAAGUUGCAAGUUUUUAGUUCAGAUUUUUUUCUAUUUUCAUGUAAACAAAAUUGAUUGAAUGCGUGAUUUAAAAAAAAUACCGCACAGACAAAAUUCUGCACACAUUUUGAGGAAGUCUGCAUGUCUGCAUGAAUAUAAGGAGAUUCGGACAAAAAUUUACAGGAACUACGAGAAUACUGGAAACAUUUAGCGCUUUGCAGAUUAAUUUGCACAACUUACAUUCAACCGCACUCAAAAAACAUUUUACGAAGUUUUAAACAGCUGAGCUUCCAAUAAACGGUUUGAUGAUUGUUUUUUCAACGUUCGGUAAAUUUUUUGUAUGUUGAACAUUAUUAACAAAGAGUCAAAUUUUGUACAUUCAGUAGAAAUUUAGAGCUCUCUGCAAAUUUGAAAUGAAAUGACUGAAAAUUUGAAAUGAAAUAACUAACUAAAAAUUGAAAAUUAAGUUCAAAUUCGUAUUGACCGCAAAUUAUUUGAAGAAAUCAAACCAAGAUUCCUCUCUAUGGUAAUGAAGCAUUCAGCUUAUACGGUUUGGCAUGAGUUCAACAUUCACUCUCCUUAUUAUCACUUUCCUUGCUAUUUAAAUAAUUGUCAGCUUUCAUCAAAAUAUACUAUAAACCUGGGUUGAACCCGCGGAUUACGGCUCGGUGAUGAUGUAUUUAUUUUUAAAAAACGCUUUCUAUAAUCACGCUAGAGUGGAAAGACCAGACAGUAGGAAUGGAAAAGAAGACGUCUAAAGCAGUACCGAUAAGAUUAAGGAAAAUAAAACAAAAAAAAACGUUUUUGCGAAGGCACUAUAUGAAAGUAAAACGAAUCAAAUUGGAGUAAUAAUACACAACAACCAAACUCAUAUGAUAUUCAAACAAAACAGUAUAUGCAAACCAAUUAUCAACAUUAAAUGACGGUAGAGCCAACCGCUCUACUAGCUUUACUCUGUUUAGCUUGGCGAAGGCAGAGCAAAAUGUGAACGAAAACCACAAAAACACAUACCCAUUUUUUCGAAUGUAACCAUAGAGGUAUAGCUGUAACUUUUUAAGCAUAUUAUACAUAGUAUAGCAUAAGAAAAUCAGUACUAACCCAACUAGACCAUAGACUGCAUAAGCUUAAUUUGUUCCAAUAAACGCCGGAGUAAAUUUGUACUCCACGGAUUCUAUUGGCUUUCGCCUACAGUAACUCACCGUAGAUAAAAUUGUUAGCACUCUGUAGAAGUCAAAAAUUGGUAAUACUCUGCACUUGUUAUGCCUGUUACCUGUUUAGGUUUUCAACUUAUGCUCUUAAUAAGAGAUAGCAAGAAAAAAAAACCAUUUGUUGCUAAUUGGAAUGUAUUAAAAGAAAAAGAUCCGCUAUUUUUUCUGUAUUUAACAGAUUUAUUUACAGCAAGGAAAUGCGUAGAGUAAAUGUAUAUAACGUAAAAUUCGUACAUUAUUCUCUCUAUUUUAUGUUAUGACUCACAUAUAUAAAGAGGAAAUUAACAAUAAAAGCCUGUAAAAACAUA